AUGACCAGCCCGUUACCUUCCGUGCACACCAUUGCGCCACCGGCCGCAUCUUUUCCUGCCAUGUUGCGCCACAAGAACGCGCUUGCAGCAUCCUACGCGUCGUAUGUCGUCCGCGUCCACACAAGACACGGCAUCAAGACGCUGUCCUUCGACGUACUUGCUGAGCUUUUCACUUUCACCGCCAAGAAAGCCGCCGAAGAUCUCGGUAUCAGCAGCCGCACUCUCAUCCGCGUGUGCCGAUCUCUGGGCAUUCGACGCUGGCCGUACCUGGGAUUCCGAAGCGAGAAGAACGUCGAACGCAUCCGCAUGGAGGCCAUGGAGAACCUUCGACGCAAACUCGAGAAGGAAGGCGAGUCGUUGCCCACUGCAGUUCUGCAUCCCAACGCGCCCAGUCUUCGAGGUGCGAGCGCUAAGCGUCUACUGCAAGUGAAGAUGCCGCAGCUGUGUCUACCAUCACUGGAAGGAGCAGUGUCAUCCAAGAUGUCUACUGUGCGCACGAGCUCUUGGUGCUCGUCCCCAACACUCUCCAACGCCACGACGACCAUUUCUGAUGAUGACGAGCGCAUGUCCGAGCCCGAUGAGAGUGAUUUCAUGGCAAACGCCCCUAUGGCGCAGCCCACGGCGUCUUUCUCUGCUCCCUACACUCCAGCAGCACCACUAUUGACCCCACCGCAUACGAUUCACGGCUUCAACCUCGACCUCAACCGUGUCAGUCCAAGCAAGGAGACUAGUGUCGCCUUCUCAAGCGUGAACCCGUGUCUUAAAAGUAACUCCUGGACAGCCCCACGGAUCUGCACGCAGACUACCAGAUCGCCGACGUCAACCAUUCCAUCGCUGAACCUACUCGUCGACGCCUCCAUCCUAACCAGCUUCAAAAACGACACACAGUCAAUGCCUGUCACCCAGGAGGGCCCACCCACUCACCCUCGCACCAUGUCGAUGCGGGACAUCCUGACGCGCCACUGAACACUUGAUACCACUCCAGUAUCCUCUGUAGUACUCGUCUGUAGCGUUUUAGUCUAGUCAAACGAAAGAAUCGAAACAUAAAUUACAGUCCACCCCAGCACCGAAUUGAUGCCACACUUCCCC